CCGGGGUGUCCGCCCCCCGCCGCCGCCUCCUCCUCCUCCUCCUCCUCCCCCUCCUCCUCCUCCUCCUCCUCCUCCGGGCCGGGGCGGAGCGGGCCGGCGGCGGCAUGGCGGGCGGCCGGGCCGGGCCCGGGGCGCUGCUGGCGCUGCUGGCGCUGCGGGCGCUCGGGGCGGCGGCGCACCCCCAGUGCCUGGACUUCAGGCCGCCCUUCCGGCCGCCGCAGCCGCUGCGCUUCUGCGCGCAGUACUCGGCCUUCGGCUGCUGCGCCCCCGAGCAGGACGCGGCGCUGGCCCGCCGCUUCGGAGCCCUGGCGGCGCGUGUGGACGCCGCCGAGUGGGCCGCGUGCGCCGGCUACGCGCUCGACCUGCUGUGCCAGGAAUGCUCACCCUACGCCGCCCACCUGUACGACGCCGAGGACCCGUCCACGCCGCUGCGCACGGUGCCGGGGCUCUGCGAGGACUACUGUCUGGACAUGUGGCAGACGUGCCGGGGCCUCUUCCGCCACCUGUCGCCCGACCGGGAGCUCUGGGCCCUGGAGGGCAACCGCGCCAAGUUCUGCCGCUACCUGUCGCUGGACGACACGGACUACUGCUUCCCGCGCCUGCUGGUCAACGAGAACCUCAACUCGAACCUGGGCCGCGUGGUGGCCGACGCCAAGGGCUGCCUGCAGCUGUGCCUGGAGGAGGUGGCUAACGGGCUGCGCAACCCCGUGGCCAUGGUGCACGCGCGGGACGGCAGCCACCGCUUCUUCGUGGCCGAGCAGGUGGGGCUGGUGUGGGCCUACCUGCCCGACCGCUCGCGGCUGGAGAAGCCCUUCCUGAACGUCAGCCGGGCGGUGCUCACCUCGCCCUGGGAGGGCGACGAGCGGGGCUUUCUGGGCAUCGCCUUGCACCCCGGCUUCCGGCACAACGGCAAGCUCUACGUCUACUACUCAGUGGGGGUCGGCUUCGACGAGUGGAUCCGCAUCAGCGAGUUCAGGGUCUCCGCGGACGACAUGAACACCGUGGACCACAACUCUGAGAGGAUAAUCCUGGAGAUCGAAGAACCAGCCUCCAACCACAACGGGGGCCAGCUGCUAUUUGGGGACGACGGGUACCUCUACAUCUUUACUGGUGACGGCGGGAUGGCCGGAGACCCCUUUGGCAAAUUCGGAAAUGCCCAAAACAAGUCGGCGCUGCUGGGCAAGGUGCUGCGCAUCGACGUGGACCGCAACGAGCGCGGCCCGCUCUACCGCAUCCCGCGCGACAACCCGUUCGUGGACGACCCCGCCGCGCGGCCCGAGGUCUACGCGCUGGGCGUGCGCAACAUGUGGCGCUGCUCGUUCGACCGCGGCGACCCGGCCACCGGCGCGGGCCGCGGGCGCCUCUUCUGCGGAGACGUGGGCCAGAACAAGUUCGAGGAGGUGGACCUGGUGGAGCGCGGCCGCAACUACGGCUGGCGCGCCCGCGAAGGUUACGAGUGCUACGACCGCAAGCUGUGCGCCAACGCCUCCCUCGAUGAUGUCCUGCCGAUAUUCGCCUACCCGCACAAACUGGGCAAAUCGGUCACCGGAGGCUACGUGUACCGGGGCUGUGAGUACCCCAACCUGAACGGCCUCUACAUUUUCGGCGAUUUUAUGAGUGGGCGUCUGAUGUCCCUCCGAGAGAACCUGGAGACGGGCCAGUGGCGCUACAGCGAGAUCUGCAUGGGUCGAGGCCAGACCUGUGCGUUCCCAGGCCUCAUUAACAACUACCACCCUCAUAUCAUCUCCUUUGCAGAGGAUGAAGCUGGUGAGCGCUCCUGAGGCCCUGAGGCCUCUCUGUCCAGGCCACAGGCCCCGGACUGAUCCCCCGCACCCCCACCCCGUGGGUCCUCUGGGCCUGGGAUUCCAGGGACGGGGUCUCGGGCCUGAAAUCCCCUUCAGGCUGGGGAGCGAGUGUGCAGUGGCCUGAGACCUUGCUGGGACAUCAGUCCCCACCAGCCCGAGCUUCUUUCUCCCCAUCCGGAAGAUGGGAACAGUGUCCCUGACCCCGCUUCUCCCUGCAAGGCCGCUUCUAGGCUGCAGAUAAUGAUGUGGAGUGAGC